AUGUUCCUUGUGUUAUUCUUUGUGUCUGUUUUUUCGCAGCAAUUUACAUGUGAAAAUGCGGAGGGGAUCGACAUCGACGUAGCAGACUCGUUGAAGACAAUUACAUUGGAGGUCCCAAACAACAAACACCAAUCGAUGUCAUUUCCGGGGUGUGGAGAUUCGAUGAAUGACCACACGGUGUGGUAUAAGCUUCACAACAAAUUGUCUCAGCAAGCCCAUUUAACUAUUAGAACGUCACAAACAAUUCCUCCUGUUUCGUUGUUUGUUCGAAUCUCAACGAUGUGCCCAACAGACACUUCAGUUAAUUCAUGCGACCAAAAGACGGAGUUGACCAACUUCAAGAACCAACUGAGUAUCACUCUACCAGCCGGUAAAGUAUAUUAUUUGGCUCUCUUUGCAAAUGGGGUAUAUCGAUACUCAACACAAAUACAAAUCACUUCUUCGCCAAAGACAGAGAGCGCUACGACAACUGGAUUGCCGGGGAGUGUCUGUUUUACUGCGCAAAUACAAACAAUCCCAUUCUUCACUACGAUGAACAAAAACUCUUUUUUCAAAGAGGGUUCAAGCUUUGUCUUUUGGAAGAGAUUUUCAGUGUCACAAAGGUCGACUUUUGUGAUUAAAACUUGUUCGCCAAAUCCCCACAAUUUCAAACUCGCGUUUUACUCAGAAUGUGGUAAACAAACUCAAAAUGUUGCCACGACAAAAUGCCCUUCUGGGUACGGUGAAGUAUAUACAGUUGAGUCCAACCCCGGACAACUCAUCGUUCAACUCAUUGGCAUGAAAAAGACGGAUUUACCCUUUGCAAUACGACCCAUUUCCAACACCAAAUUGUCACAUAGUGAUAUUAAAAACGCACAACAAAUCACAACACCCUUUAAAGAGAUCAUUAAUUUUGAUGAGUGUCACCAUUCCUCUGACCAUUGCGAUUUAACAGGCGCGCAGACCACUGCCGCCUAUUACAAUGUAGUCGUUCCAAUUGGGGACAAAGUGAUUAUCAAAACUGGAAAUUCGCUCACAACCGUUGACAUCAAAGUCAGUGUUUUCGAAAAUUUGUUUUACAACAGUAAAUGUCUUGCUACAAUGGUCUUAAAAAAAGUCGACAAAGCUCAGAGUUCUGUCGAGUGGAAAAAUGUCGACCAAAACGAGAAGAAAAUAACAGUGAGAGUUGCUGAAGCGACUCGGGACUCUCAUGGAGAAGCGGAAGUGUUUAUUGAUGUUGUUCCCUCAUCGAUAACAGCGGUGGAGAGUCGACUCAUAGAAGAGAGAGCUGUUCCCCACUGGGCGCCAAGUAGUGUUGUUUCACGUAAGAAAUGGAUUGACGAGACUAAAGCCAGACGACUUCGAGAGAUUGAAAAGAACAAGAAACGCACACAACUAUUACGCCCACAUAAACCAAUUAAACAAAUAGAAGAAGUCAUUCAACAGCCACACCAUCAACCUUCCACAUUAACAACUCCAAUAAAGGUUGUUAACCCUCAAGAGACACCCACAAAUACUCAAACACAACUUGUAAAGAAAGUUGAAGCAAAAAAGAGUGGUUCAAGCAAAAUAUUGUUAGCAAUAUUCUUUGUGUUAACGGGGGUAACAGUGGCGGUCGUUGGGUUUGUUUACUUCAAGAGGCAAAAUAUCAAGAGCCAAUAUAUCGAUUUAAUUGAUUAA